AUGCAGGACAAGUCAGUGAAUGUGGAUGGUCUUGAGAAGGUCAUAAAGCACAUGCAAGCAACCACUGAGCAGGUCCUAGGCAUGAAGGUGGUUGUGGAUAAAAUUGGCCCUGUACAGCUGGAAAAGGCAGUACAUUCAAACUAUAUGCAAAUGGCAGACAGUGAGGUUGAGGUGGUUGAAACAGUUCUUGGUCAUGCACAAAUGGAGUCCCAUGUUCAGUCUAUGAUGAUGACCCAAAUCAUGUACCUGGAGAGUCACUUGCAUACAUGGCAAUGGAACCAGAGUGGUGACAUCCUAAGAAAUGAAAGCUGGAGCCCCACCUUUGGCAAAGUCCUUAGCCACACAAGUCUGAACUUGGAUGCUGGGAGAGUUGCAACCAGUGGGGCUGUAUGGGGAGAAGACAAACCAAAAGAACUAUCAAGAGAUAGGAAAGGGAAAGGUAAGGUGGCAGAUACUGGUCUUUCAAGGAAAAGGGUGGUUAUUCAGAAGAAAAAGGUUGGAGAUAAUGAGUUUGAGUUGAAAAUUGCAGUGGAGGCUGCACAGAAGAAAAUUGAUGAGCUCAUCAAUGGACAAGGGGGAGUCAAUGGCCUCUUCAAGUAG